CCUGUGUAAUGAGGCACAUGCGCAGUGCAUUAAUCCCAGCCAUUUUUUGCAGGAAACUAAUUAGCAGGAAUAAAGACCCAAAGAGUUUUUUUCUCUCCCGUCGUCAGAAACCGCUCUCACCUCCUCCCUCACACAAACACUAGGCGCGUCGCCUGCUUUACCAACCAAAUCCCUCUAAAUAAGGCUUUAAACGGAAUAUACCUCGUUACAACAAUGAUCUUCACCAUAUCGUCGACCACGCUAACUGACCAAACGGAACUACCUUGAUGGGAUAUGUAAGCGAAACAUUUGUUUACUGGACUAUAAAGCAAGGCUUUCAAAGCGGACGCCAAAAAUGUCAGGGUGUGAUGGUACCGUGGUGUAGGAGUGAGGAUGGAGUGCUGUGACUCCACUGAACAUGAGGCCGCUCAGGCCCAGCCUCCCUGGAGGCUCCCCCACCCCGGCCUGCUCCUGCUGCCCAAGGACCAGCCCCUCUCCCUGGGCACACUCUCCCCGCUCAUCCCCUCCCCCUUGCUGCACCUCCAGGGCCCGCACGCACUGCCCGAACAGAGCCUGAGAAGGAGGCCCACGGUGGGAGAGGAGGAGGAGGAGGAGGAGGAGGAAGAAGAGGACAUGCAUGAGGAGGAGGGCGAGGAGAAAAGAGGAGGUGGAGGAGCGGAGGAGGACAGGACGAGGCCUGGCAGGGGAGUCAAUGGAAUGGACCAGGGUUUUGGGCGACAGAUGAUGGGAGCUUUAGGGUCCGGGAGAGGGGAGGGAGGAGAGGAGGACUGUUACGAGGAGGACGAGUUUAUGGAGGACGAACUGGAGGAGGAGGAGGAGGAGGAGGAGGAGGUGGAGGAUGAGGAGGACGGGGAGGAGCUGGUGGGAGAGAUCGUGUACCGGCCGGACGGGUCGGCGUAUGUGGUGGAGAGCCUGGCCCAGGUGAGCCAGGUCAGGAGUGCCGAGGGGGACACCGCCGACCCGAUGCCGGUGCCGGUGGCGACCCAAACCCCCCUCAGCACCUGCCACAUCGCCGCCUCGCUGGCGCCCUGGUUCCACCCACCGACCCAAACCCAGAGCGCCACCGCCGCCCCCGACUCGAACCCAAACCCCCAGAGCCCCAUCCUGCACAGCUUCCGCGUGUUCCACCUGCAUCGUCCGGAUGAGUCCGACGGGCAGCAGCAGCCAACCAGCAACGGUCUACCCAAAGAUGACUUCUUCUCCGAGGCCGCGGCACGGCUCGCGUCCCUGUCCUCCUCCGCUACCGUGGCGGCGGGUCGGCCCAGUCGGCCUAUCCUGAUGUGCUUCCUGUGCCGCCUGUCCUUCAGCUGCGCGCGCUCCUUCUCGCUGCAUGCGGCGCGCGAGCACUCCGUCGCCCCGGGCGACCGCGAGCGACGCCUCCUGGCGAUACACAACGCCUCCGCCAUCAUCCAGCCUGGCCCCGCCCCUGCCAACCGGCCCCUCCUCAGCUUCCUGGAACCAAAAAUUGGGAGCGGGUCGGCGACCCCUACUCCUGCCCCCCCUACCCUUACCCCUACCCCCACUGCCUCCUCUUCCUCUUCCUCACGUUCCCCCCACACCCAAACCCAAACCCAAGCCCAGAGCUCCUCCAGCACCCCGGCUCCCUGGCCUGCCAAAGACCCCCACGCCCUUCAGGGGCUCCCCCGAGCCCUGACCGAGGUGAGGAGGAGAGAUGGGGAGGGAGAGACAGGGGUGGGGGAAGAGAAAGGACUCUUUAAAAGUGGAGGAGAAGGAGAGGAGGAAGAGGAGGAGGAUGAGGAGGAGGUGUAUUACGAGGAGGAAGGUGAGGGCUUGCUCUCGGACUUGGACGAUGACGAGCAGCGUGACCUCGCCGAGGCUAGCGGCGGCGGUCACGGCAGCGGCGGUAGCGGUAGUAGCAGUAGCAGCAAAGGCGGACUGAGGGAAGAUGCCCUCGCAAACCAAAGCGAUAUUUCCAAAUCUCCUUUACUGGCUACGCCUGCCCCUGCCCCUGCCCUUUCCCCUUCCCUUUCCUCUUCCCUUGCCCUCGCCGGCACCUCCGAGAGAACCAGCUUUACACCCCCCCACCACACCAAACCACCCAGCGCAGCCCAAGCCCAAGCCCUGACCCCGACCCCCCAAACCCAAACCCAAACCCCGACCUCCAGCUUUAACUGCCUGCCCCGCCCCCGCUCCCUGCCCUCCCACGGCCUCCAUGAGGGCACGGGCACGGGCUCGGGCACGGCGGGGUCGCCCGCCUCUGCAACCCCCAGAGACGAAUGUGCCAACAACGGAGAGAGUGCCAACGCAACCAAACCAAACGACUCGAGCUCACCGGACGGUGCCGCCCCGAGCAGCAGCAGCAGCAGCAGCAGCAGCAGCAGCCAUUUGCAGCCGCACAGCGACACGCCACAACACAACGCCCACAACCUCCACCACCACCACCACCACUACCAGCACCAGCAACAGCAGGCAGGACUCGGCUUUGCCAUAGCCAGACACGGAGCCUCGUCCUCGGGCUCACCCGAGUCGUCACUGCAGGACCUGGCUCUCGGUGGAGUCUCCAGCAGCAGCAUUAGUGGUGGUGUCAUGGGUGACUUUGGUGGCAGCAGUCUAGACGCCGGUGGCAACAACAACAACAACAGCGGUGGCGGCCAGAGCUCGCCCUACGCCAUGGGCGGCGGCGGCGGCGGCUACCUGACGGGCUCGCACUCGCGCAACUCCUGCAAGACGCUCAAGUGCCCCAAGUGCAACUGGCACUACAAGUACCAGCAGACGCUGGAGGCGCACAUGAAGGAGAAGCACCCGGAGUCGGAGGGCGAGGCGUGCCCGUACUGCAGCAGCGGGCAGAGCCACCCGCGUCUGGCGCGCGGCGAGACCUACACCUGCGGCUACAAGCCCUUCCGCUGCCACGUCUGCCAGUACUCCACCACCACCAAGGGCAACCUGAGCAUCCACAUGCAGUCCGACAAGCACCUGCACAACAUGCAGAACCUGCAGAACGGCGGCACGGUGCCUCCCGCCCCCGAGGGCUCGGCGCAGCACGGGCAACACUCAUCGCAUGGGCAACACUCGCGCGGCGACGCCACCCAGGGCUACGGCAACCCGCCCACGGGCGGAGGGGCGGCCUCGGCGGCGUCGCCGUGCCCCACGCAGCCCAGCGCGCUGCACCCGCCGCCGCGCGCCCUGCAGCAGCCGCACCCGGGCCAGGUGGUGCCCCAGGUGGGCGGCACGUGCAGCUCGCCGUCCCCCGCCAAGCCCAAGGGGGGCCCCGCCGCCUGGCGCUGCGAGGUGUGCGACUACGAGACCAACGUGGCGCGCAACCUGCGCAUCCACAUGACCAGCGAGAAGCACACGCACAACAUGCUGCUGCUGCAGCAGAACCUGGCGCAGAUGCAGCAGCACCGCGCCGGCAUGCGGCUGGCGCUGCCCCCCACCGCCACCCCCCCCAUGCCAUCCACGCCCACGCCCUCCGAGGCCGACAUCUACCAGUUCUACCUGCAGCAGGCGCGCGCCGCGGGCCUCAGCUUGGCCAUGGGGGGCAGCGGCACCACCACCAAGACCACCAGCGCCGACCCCAUGGCCGCCGACGCCCAGUUCCUACGCGGCCUCUUCUCCCAGGAUGCAUCUGGGCUGAUGAUGGGGAUGAUGGGACGCGGAGGAGGGGACGCCGAGACCGACGUCUCCACCUCAGAGCAGCAUCAUCAUCACCAGCAGCAACAGCAUCGCUCGCUGGGUGUCACGCGCGACCUCUUAUCCGGUGGCGGCGGCGGUGACAGCAUCAACAACAGCAACAACAACGGUGACCUCUCCUCUGCGUCGGGUCGCCACCACCCGCAGCACCUGUACCAGUGCGGCGUGUGCGAGCGCUUCUCCUGCGACGGCCUGGAGGCGCUGGCGCGGCACCUGGCCACCCAGCGGCAGCUGCCCGAGGCCGAGUGGCGCGCCACGGCCGGCGCGGGCGAGAGCCACCUGUGCCGACUGUGCCAGUACGCCACGCCGCUGCGCGCCAACUUCCAGCUGCACUGCCAGACCGACAAGCACCUGCUGCGCUACCAGCUGGCGGCGCACCUGCGCGAGGGCCGCGCCCACCGACGGCACCAGCACCAGCAGCAGCGCAGCAGCCGACGCGGCGGCGGCAGCCACGACAACGGGCUGGAGGAGGACGAGGACGGAGGAGAGAAGAUGGAGAGAGAGAGGGAGGUGGAGUGGUGGCUGAACAGUGUCAACGUGAGCGUGGGCAACCCGGUGAGGCUGCGCUGCAACGCCUGCGGCUACGAGGCGGCCAGCCUGGAGAAGCUGAAGCUCCACUCCAUGAGCUCGCAGCACGAGAGCAGCUUCCGGCUAUACAAGUAUCUGAAGCAGCUAGCUGGUGCCGUGGAGGAGGGCUGUGUGUUCCACUGUGCGCUGUGUGACUACUCCACACCGUCCAGCCUCUCUCUGGUGCAGCACUCCCAUUCGCUCAGCCACCAGCGCGGGGAGGGGCUCCGGCGCUUUCAGCAAAUCCAGAGAGGCCUGCCGGAGGAAGAGGAGGAGCUCAGUGCCAUCUUCACUGUGAGGAAGACUCCGACAGCUGACGGAGGAGACCGGAGUGAAGUGGAGGGUUCCACUGAGGGAUCCGCAGGGCAGGAGGAUCAGACCAAAGCCACUGAGAAAGGGGGAGACAAGGAAACAAGCAGAGGCUCAGGGUCCUCCGACGGGGAAUGGGAGCAUGGUGAUCCGUCUCCCCCGCCCAAGCGGCCCAGCUCCAGGGCAAGCAUGACAGACAGCCCCCCCUCCUCCAAGAAGCCACGCACCGAUGCGGCGACUACUGAACAGCUGUUGCAGUGCCCGUUCUGCCGCUUCUGCCAGUCGGACCUGGGCGUCCUGCGCGGGCACGUGAUGACUCAACACUCCCUGCAGCCCACGCUGAGGUGCCCGCUGUGCCGAGACACCCUGGGUAGCGUGGCCCUGCUCCGCACCCACCUCACACACGUGCACAACGUCACCUCCGACUGCACCAACAAGCUCAUUAACACGGUGAUUGCAUCUGAUGUGCUGCCGGCCAGUAUGUUCACACCAGUGCCCAGCCCAGAGAAGGAGAGCUCCCACUCAAGCACGGACCACGCAAAGAAAUCGAAUGAUGACUCAAGAGCAGACCAAGACAAAGGGAAGUCCCCGAACGCUGAGGUCACCAAACCUCACAGGUCACCCCUGGAGGACGCAGAGUCGACCAAGGAGAACACCGCCGCCUACCCAUGCUGGCAGAAAGGCUGUAGCAAAGUCCUCAAGUCCUCCACGGCCCUCCAGGCCCACAUCAACGAGGUCCACAACCAGAAAGCUCCGGGUCCCGUGUCGGACCGGCACGUCUACAAGUACCGCUGCGGCCAGUGCAGCCUGGCGUUCAAGACGCCGGAGAAGCUUCAGCUGCAUUCUCAGUACCACGCCAUCCGCGCCGCCACCAUGUGCUGCCUGUGCCAGCGCAGCUUCCGCAGCCUCCAGGCCCUGCGCAAACACCUGGAGACCAGCCACCUGGAGUUGAGCGAGGCCCAGCUGCAGCAGCUCUAUGGCAGGAUGCUCAUGAACGGCGAUGCCCUGGCUCUGGGCGAUCCAGCCCUUGGCGACGACCAGGGAAUGUUCAUGGAUGACGGAGUGAAGGACGGGGAGGAGAUGAUGAUGAUGGACCUGGAAGAGAAGCAGAGCUCCAAUGGCGGCGAUCCCGCUCUAGUGCAGCAGGAGGACGCGAGCAGCGACAUGAAGCGGGCAGCAAACUUGCCAUUCAGGAAAGCCACCAACCUGACCAUGGAGAAGUUCCUGGACCCGCAGAGGCCCUUCAAAUGCACCGUGUGCAAGGAGUCCUUCACACAGAAGAACAUCCUGCUGGUGCACUACAACUCUGUGUCUCACCUGCACAAGGUCAAACGCUCGCUCCAGGACUCCACAGCCGGAGUGCCGGAGUCAGUCAGCAGCACUGACCACAAGCCCUUCAAGUGCACCACCUGCAACGUGGCCUACAGCCAGAGCUCCACGCUGGAGAUCCACAUGAGGUCAGUCCUGCACCAGACCAAAGCCCGUGCCGCCAAAGUUGACCCCACUGUAGCCCCACCUGCUUCUAAUAGUGCACCGUCAGUUAACUCUGGCUCGUCCUCCAGCAGCUUGUCCCUGAACUCUGCCUCUCCUGCCGGUAAACCAAGCACAGCCACAAAUCCGUCAUCUAGCUCAACCUCUGGAACUUCCAGUGGAGACCACCAGAGUGGCAGCGAUGCUCUUCUAAAUGCGACUAGUAGCCAUGCUUCCGGGUCCGAGAGUCACGAGGCAAAAAGAAAAAGGCUAGCGGACAUCAUAGCAUCCACUGCCCAGCAACAGCAGCAGAAGCUUCAGCAGCAGCAGCAGCUGGCCCAGGCCCAAGUGCAGCUUCAGCAGGAGCUUCAGCAGAAGGCAGCACUUCUCCAGUCUCACUUGUUCAACCCUGCUCUUUUCCAGCACUUCCCGAUGACACCAGAAGCUCUUCUACCCCUCCAGCAGCAGCAACAGCAGCUACUCUUCCCCUUUUACAUCCCUGGUGGAGACUUCCAGCUGAGCAACGAGCUGAAAAAUGCUGCGCUGAACUUGGCCAAUUCUGCCAACCUGUCUUUGCCCUCCCUGCCUGGGCCAGCGGAGGGAGGAGUAGCCCAGAAGGAGAAACCCAGCACAAGCUCCUCUCAGCCUGAGCCCAUAAGACCUCCUCCUACACAGCAACAGACCCAGCAGCUGCAACAGCAGCAGCAGCAGCAGCAACAAACUCUACCAAUGCCCCAUACUUCUACCAACAAUCUGCCUCACCAAGACGGUGUAAAACCUCAGACACCUAAAUGUCAGACAGAGCCCAAUUUGCCAGAGCAGUGCAAAAAGGAAGAGCCGGAGAGCACAAAUGAUCUCAAGCCAGUAGAAAAGCUAGACAGCAGCAAAUGCAAGAGUGGGGACAGUCAAGAAACAAAGGCACGUGCGAAGGAGACCAAGCUAGAAUUUCUGCCACCCAGGAUUUCCCAUGAUGCCUCUGACAGUGCUUCAAGGGCUUUGCUGGAGAACAUUGGCUUUGAGCUAGUCAUGCAGUUUAAUGAGAGCAAGCAGAGAGUGCAGCGCAAGUUUGCUGAAAACAUAGCAAUUGCUCUAAAUGAGUCUGACUCAAAGGAAGUAGAUCCCCUGCAAGGAAAGCUGGAGUGUGUAUCCUGCAAUAAGCUCUUCUCAAACACUCUGAUUCUGAAGAGCCACCAGGAGCAUACCCACCAAACUGUCUUUCCCAUAGAGUCUUUGGAGAAGUUUGCCAAAGACUACAGGGAUGAUUAUGACAAGCUGUAUCCCUUGAAGUCACUUACUCCUGAGUCUCCCCCUACACCACCUCCACCUCCUCCUCCUAAGGCACCCUCACCUCCUGCCUCCCAGCCAACUCAGCCAACCAAGCCAGCCCCGUCAACCCAACCAACCCAGCCAAUGAAGCCAGUCCAGCCACCUCCACCACCUCCAACCACAAGCACUGCUCCCUUAACUCCAACUGUUACUCCUCCUGCAAUCUCUGCUCCUUUGCCUAAAGCAUCCACCCUCCCACCUCCACCUCCUCUCCCCUUAUCAGUGGAUCUUCCACUCUUCCCUCCUCUGAUGAUGCAGCAUAUACCCUUAACAACACUUCCCCACACUCAAGUUCCUAACCCAAUGGCCGGCAUGGAUGUCGGCCUACCCCACGACUUGGCGCAGCUCUAUCAGCAGCAGCUCAGCCCGGCCUUGCUACAACAGCAAGGUAAGCGCCCCCGGACACGCAUCACAGAUGACCAGCUGAGGGUGCUUCGCCAGUACUUUGACAUCAACAACUCUCCUAAUGAAGACCAGAUCAAGGAGAUGGCAGACAAGUCAGGCCUGCCACAGAAAGUGAUCAAGCACUGGUUCCGGAACACACUGUUCAAAGAGCGUCAGCGCAACAAGGACUCCCCCUAUAAUUUCAAUAACCCUCCAACCACCACUCUGGAGGACGUUAAGGUGGACUCCAGGCCUCCAAGCCCAGAGCCUCAGCGGUAUGAGUGCUAUGGAAGCAAGAGGUCCUCAAGAACUCGUUUCACUGACUACCAGCUGAGAGUGCUUCAGGACUUCUUUGAUGCCAAUGCCUACCCUAAAGAUGAUGAGUUUGAGCAGCUUUCAAACUUGCUGGGCCUUCCCACUCGUGUCAUAGUGGUUUGGUUCCAGAAUGCUCGUCAGAAGGCUCGUAAGAACUACGAGAACCAGGGUGAAGGCACCAAAGAAGGCGGUGAAAGACGUGAAAUGUCUAACGACCGCUACAUCCGCACUGCAAACCUUAGCUACCAGUGCAAGAAGUGCACUCUGGUGUUUCAACGAAUAUUUGACCUCAUCAAGCACCAGAAGAAGAUGUGCUACAAAGAUGAAGAUGAUGACAGCCGAUAUGAUAGUCAUGACGAUUCAAUUGACCUAAAAUAUGAGUACUAUAACGUAUCCUCUGCAUCCUCAACCUCUCACACCCCAACUUUGUCCUGUUCCAGUGCAAGCCUCACUGCUGAGUCUACCUCUACCCACAAUGUGAAACCUGUUGACACUAAUGAUGUGAGGACUACUGCUAGUGUGUCGGAAAGCUCCAGAGAGUCCAGACCAUCCAAUCCUGCAGAGGCUCCUUCCCACAUUCAUGCCCACCUGAGCAGCUCUGCCACCUCAAUGCAGAGGGAGCCAAAAUUGGAGCCUCAACACCUCAAGCUGGUGGCUGAGGAUAAGGACAAAGGACACGCCAGCAGUCCAAAGCCUUCCACCUCUCUCAAGCAGCAGCAGCAGUUGUCUCCAUCUGUUCCCCAAACAAGCCCCGCUUCAUCUGAGAGCACCCGCACCACCAAUCUCAAUGCCGUCUCAAGCCCUCCGGCCCCACAGCAGACGAGAUUGAGCCAGGCUGUGACCCCCUUCCACUGUGGGCAGUGUAAACUGGGCUUUCCAUCCUUUGAACACUGGCAGGAGCACCAGCAGUUGCACCUUCUGGCCACUCAGAAUCAGUUUGUGCAUCCCCAGUUCCUAGAUCGUCCGGCCGACAUGCCCUUCAUGCUGUUUGAUCCCAGCAACACCCUCCUGGCCAGUCAGCUCCUCAGUGGAGCCUUCCCACAAAUGCCCUCCAGUUCGAUGUCGUCCUCGCCCAUGCCCAGCGCCACCAUUAACACUCUGAAGAGGAAGCUGGAGGAGAAGGCCAGCACCUGCCCAAUAGAGAAUGACUGGGAGAAUAAUGGUGAUGAGCAGCAUCGCGACAAGCGGAUGAGGACCACCAUUACUCCGGAGCAGCUGGAGGUUCUGUACCAGAAGUACUUGUUGGACUCAAAUCCGACCCGUAAGAUGCUGGACCAGAUAUCCAACGAGGUGGGCCUCAAGAAGAGGGUGGUCCAAGUCUGGUUUCAGAACACCAGAGCCCGCGAGAGAAAAGGCCAGUUCAGAGCAUUGGGUCCAGCCCAGGCCCAUCGCAGAUGCCCAUUCUGCAGAGCCCUCUUCAAAGCACAGACUGCUCUUGAUGCUCACAUUCGCUCUCGUCAUUGGCACGAGGCCAAAAGUGUGGGUUACACCUUCACCAUGCCUGGCAUGCUUUCGGAUCAAGGCGGAAUGGAAUUCGCCAGUAAUUCCCAGCUCUCCAGUUCCUGGAACAGCCAGUUAGCUUCCCUCUCUGGUGGAAGCAAGAGUGGCGACUUCUCCCUUCAACACAGCUCCAGCCCCAAGCCCAUCAAGAUGGAGGGAUCUGAUGACUUUGAUGGUCCUUCAGUGUCCUCAAUGAACCAGUCCUAUGACCAGACCAAAUUCGACAACGAUGACUGUUCCUCAGUUAACACAUCUAUUACCGAUGCCACCAUGGGGGAUGAAGGUGGAGAUUUGCCUGAAUCUAAACACAGAAAUAGUGACAUCUUGGCACAGAUGGCUGAGAGAGCCUCUUCCUGUGACAACGAUGACCUGAUGUCCUCAGACCUGGUGAGUCCAGCCAUGAGCUUCAGUGCAAAGGACUACGACAACGAAAUGAUGGUAGACUACAGUGAAAGCUCCAGCCUUGCCGACCCAGGCUCUCCGUGCCCAACAAACUCUGGCAGCCUGUGCGGGGACAGCAUUGAUCGAUCUGGCUCAAAGCGUUAUCGCACACAGUUGAGCAAUCUUCAGGUGAAGGUGCUCAAGGCCUGCUUCACUGACUACAAGACCCCGACCAUGCUGGAGUGCGAGGCGCUGGGGAACCACAUCGGAUUGGCCAAGAGGGUGGUCCAAGUGUGGUUCCAGAACGCCCGCGCAAAGGAGAAGAAAGCAAAGCUGAGUUUGGCGAAGCAUUUUGGUGGCGAGCCUUCCCAGAACGAGGCACCAAAGACCGAAUGCACCCUGUGCGACGUCAAGUACAACAGUUGCCUCUCAGUCCGCGACCACGUCUUCUCCCAGCAGCAUGUAGCCAAGGUGAGGGAGGCGGUGGGCAGUCAGAUGGACAAAGAGCGGGAUUACUUCGACCCCAGCUCCGUCCGCCAGAUGAUGGCACAGGACAUGGACCACCUGAAGAAGGCCAAUGAUGUCAUGGGCAUGUCCCAACAGCAACAGCAACAGCAGCAGAGAUUUGAUGCCGCAACGCUCCAGGCCCUGAACCUCUCCGCCCUGCACCCUAGUCUUCAGCACAUGCCAGGAAUGAGCAGCUCUGGGAAUUUCAACCCACCCCACUUAGCAGGACCCAGUGGUUUAUCUCCCGGUGUCACCUCCAAGUCUCAUGCUGCCUCUGCCUCUUCAUCAACACCAUCCGACAAAGCUAACCUUCAGCCAACUGCAACCUCUACUCCAAAGACCAAACAACCAGACCUUCAACCAGAACGCCCCAAAGAGAACGGCACUGACAAGAGAGAGGAGAAACCCAAGGAGAAGCCUUCCGCGCCCCCAGCCCCUUCUGCCCCAUCCACUUCAUCAUCAUCAUCCUCCGCCCGAAAGUCUGACAAAGCAGACCACACUGCCGCCACCCCAACAACCUCCACUCCAAAACCCGGCCUAGAGUUUGUGAUGGAUCCUGCGCAGCUCCAAGCCCUGCAAGCCGCUGCCAGGGGUGUCGGCGGUGCGGACCCCACAGCUUUCCUGUCCAACCCCUUCCUGCCUUGCUUCAUGCCAGGUUUCCCCUCAUACUUCCCACCUCAGAUCCCCGGGGCGCUCCCCGGAACCCUUCCUGGCGCUCUUCCUGGAGGCUACCUGCAGCCCAUUUACGGUAUGGAGGGCCUGUUCCCGUAUGGUCCGGCAGCCCUGUCCCAGGCCUUAAUGGGUUUAUCCCAGGGCUCCAUUCUUCAGCAAUACCAGCAAUACCAGCAGAGCCUCCAGGGGGCGCUCCAACAGAAGCAGCUCCAGCAGCUCCAGCAGCAGCAGCAACAGCAGCAGCAGCAGCAACAGCAGCAGAUGCAGAAAUCCAAAGCAAGCCCAGCAUCCCACACCCAGGCCAAAGCUGACUCCAAACAGUCCUCCUCCCAGGGCACCGCCACGAAAGCUGGAGACCGCAAAGAUCUCUCGUGCGGCAAAGCAUCCCCUUCGACUUCAUCAUCCGAUCAGUUUUUGUCAUCCUCGGCGGGUGACAGACCCUCUUCGAAAGUCAGAACCAUGGACGAGCACUUCCUCCUGAGCGAGGGUGUGGUCCCCAAAGUGAAAGUUGGAGAGCAGGGGAAAGGUGGGCGGCUGUAUGACUGCUUGGCCUGCGGGGUCACGCUGACCGCGGACGACGUUGAGGCCCUCUGCCGCCACCUGGAGUCCCCACAGCACAAGCGCAGCGCGGCGGAGCGACUGAACGCCAAAGAGCACGCCACUCCCGUGUUACCUCACACCCCAACCUGCGCUCCUGACUCCGCCAUGGCAUCUACCUCACAGCCAGCACCUCCUUCAUCCUCCUCCCCCUCCUCUUCUCACCCCUCUACCCUAGACGGACUGUGUCCCCCAUCCAACUUCUCCACAGCUUUACUGGAUGCCACGCGUACACUGGCCUCCUCCUUCUGUAACCAAACUCCCUCUUCCUCCUCCUCCUCGCCUUCAACGGCUACCUCAAGCUCGGCGAGACCCGGUAGUGCUCGCCCCUCGAUACCAACAGACCCUGCUGACGGGGCGGCCCGUGGGGGUGCGGCACCCCCCAUGGAGAAACCUCUGGAGAGUCCAAGCUGCACCCCACCAGAGGAGUCUCAGCUGGAGUGAUGCUCACUCCACUCCUGGCAGGACUGUAGCAGUGGCUUUACGUAGUGCUGAUCUUGGCUGAGCUGGACCAGACUAGCUGCUGGGAAUGUAAAACAAGAGACAAGGAAAAUGGAAGGAUUGGAAAGGAAUGAAAAAGGAAAAGUGAGAGGACAAAAAGAAAAAAAAGAACUACUACUACUACUUCUACUACUACUAUUACUACUACUACUACUACUACUACUACAAAGAAGAAGAAAAAGCUUUUUGAGAAUGGAUGUUUGAGGAACACAAAGAGUUGAACGAGAACACUUAACAGUAAGAGGAAAAAAAAAGUUUAAACUGACUGAUAUCUGAAGAAAACUAACUGCAAUUCCAAUGCUCGUAACCAAAAAAUAUGCGUCAGUCGAAUGUUUUUCUUUGCCAUUUAACAUGCUGGUUCCCAUCCAUCAACCCUAAACAGUGUGAACAUUACAAAGACUUAUGCAGUUAUGUUUUUAUCCUGAAAUUGGAGUGUUGUAUAAAAAAGAAGAGAAAACACAGCUCUCUCCCAGAGCACUUCCCCACCAAACGAACAAUUGAUUCAAAGUGUGUUCUUAAUUCUUGAGUAGCCUACACUACACUUAAUAGCACAUUAACUUAAUGCCAUAAUUCAGAAUGAACUCUUUUUACACACACACACACACACACACACACACACACACACACACACACACACACACACACACACACACACACACACACACACUGAGAGUCAUCCAGAAGCAGUCUCCCUCCAAGUGUUUUGAACUGUACCAAUGGCUUGCUAAAAUAACGAUGUAUUGUAAUGGUGUCUCCUCUCAGGUCAACAGCUGGUAACUUGGUCUUGUACGGAACUCAUUGUAUAAAUUCUGUUCUUGAAAAUACAAAGAGAAAAUGUUUUAAGCCUAAAAUGUAAGUGUUAAAAGAAGGGAAAUAUUAAGUCCUAUUUUUUCUUAAAGGUGGAAAAGCAUUACUAGUCUUAUAAAUGUGCCCAUUUUGGUUUUAUUUCAUGGUAGGACUUAAACUUUACCCUAAAAACAAAGAGAAAUGCAGACUUGAAUGGUUGAUUUUUUUUUUUAAGAAAGGCUCUGUGUUUUAUGAUAGAUACAUGUAUGAACAUUUUUGGUGUUGCGUAGAUUGUUAAAUUUUAACUGUUUGGUAGGAAGGAAAAACCCGUAUAUUUAGCUUUUGUAUUGUCCAACUCCAAAAGGCACUUCAGCUGAUGUCGUUUUGCUCACUCCGAGGGGAGAGGACUGUGUCUACUUUAAAAAACCCUUGUUCUGCAGCCCUGUCUCGUCCCUUCCCUCUCUUCCCCUUCACUUCUCUCCCCUGCCCUGCCCUGCCCUGCCCUGCCCUGCCCUGCCCUGCCCUGCCCUCCUCUCCUCUCCCCACACCUCAUGUUGCCAGUUGCUACUCGACUCAACCUGGAUCUGUGUAGCACUUAGCCAUUCACCUCAGUAGAAAGCUCUGCAGAAAACCACAGCCUACCCACCUACCUACCCACCCCUUUCCCUGAUGGUGUAUUGGGGAACGUCGUCCCCCACCACACUCCCACCGUCCCAUUUGAGGUUGGAGAGAACGGGGACGUUCCCAUCCCCAUGUAUCCCAUCUACCAUUAUGUUACAAUGAUGCACUUAGUACAGACCCUCGCUCAGUCACCCUUCUGGCAGCUCGAGCCCUCAGUCUUCAUGCGGCCACAUUGGAGCUCAGCCCCUCACCGUUUCACUUUCGCUUAACGUUCACUUUGGGCGUUUUGUUUUUUUUUUUUUAAAGGGGUUGAGAGGAUGUCACACUCAGCGUGAUGGGCCCACAGACAUGGGGCAUGCUGGGAACUGUAGUUUCCCACUAAAGACUUGGCCCAUCAGAUGGCUGUGUGCAUGAGUGGAAAGAGUAGAGAGGAGGUAUGGACUUAAAAGUCACAAGCAGCAUUAUCUCUACAGCUCUAUGGUCCACUGCCUCUUUACCCAUCAAAUGUUUUAUUUGUUUGUUUCUUUGUUUGUUUGUUUUUGCUUGUGUUUACCUGUUAUUGUUGUUCCUUCGAGAAAUAGUUACAUCUCCUUCUGUUGCAGAUCAGUAGCUCAUUUUCAGUAUGUUCCUACAGUUAUCAUUUCAAUAAUAAUUAUGAUAAUAAUGAUAAUUAUGAUAAUAAUGAUGAUGAUAAUAAUAAUAAUAAUGAUAAUAAUAAUAGAAACAACAACAGUAUUGCUUUAAAGGAAGAUCCAAAGACGAAAUAUUUUAACCAAUGGUGCAAACAAAUAAAACACUUCUUUAUACUUGAUAUGUUAUUGCUUUUAACAAAAAUAGAAAACACGAUUUUAGACGAUGGAGUCUGCGCUAGUUCACUGUUUGUGCUUAUUUCUAAGGAAAAGCAGUGUCUUCAUUUGCGAAAUAACUCGAAAACCAAAAACCAAAAGAGCCCUUGUGCUUGUGGUAUGGGGUAGAACCAGAGUAGAGCCAUUGCAGUUUGUAAGAUAGAUGAAAAAAAAACCUCUUUGUUAACUUUGCUGUGACCAACAGUUAUUUUCUUGGUCGGUCAGUCUGUCUGUCUGUCUUUCUGUCUUUCUUUAAUUUGGUUGGUUUCCAGGUCUGAUCUUUGAGGACAUACGAUUUGCUGCUAACGUAGUUUUGUAUUGAUACUAAGAUGCAUGCUGAAAUUUGCUUUUUCGAAGCUUUAACGACAACAAACAGUAAGCUUAAUGCCAUUUCCAAAACAUUGAUCCCACCCGCUUUCUUCCCCAAUUGUUGCUAUCUUUAAAAAAAAAAAAAGCAUAAAAGACUGUGAAUAGACAUGUACCUUCCAAAUAAUAAUAACUAUUAUUUUUGGAGUUUUGUUUUUCUUUGAAACUAGCCAAUGUUCGAUACCAAUGAUAAAUAUUUGUUUAUACAGAAGACUGCAUUCCAAAUACCACACCAAUACAGUUUUCAUAGAUGUAUUGUAUUUUUUUUGUUUGAUGUCUUGUUUGUUUGAAAAUCAGUGUUAAAUGUUUGAUUCUGCUGUGAGGGGUGUUUGUGUGUGUGUGAGGGGGCUACACCCCAAGGCUGCUGUCGCUAUAGCGACACAGCCAACACUAUGUGCAACUCCUGUCUGAAAAUUCCUGGGAAAAAAAGGUUGUUACUGUAACCAUAGCGAUAGCCAAAUAAUGUUGUAAAUGCACACCUCUUAGUGACAUGUGACUUUUUUGUUUUAAUUUUUUUAUUAUUAUUGUUUUUUUUGCCAUCAUACUGACCAUACCACAAGAACUCGCCCUAGUCAAUAAAGUCUGUUUUGUUGCAGAUGA